UUGCCCUGAGUUGCUUGGUUCUGUCAGUGUUCAGCCACCGUGAGGGUAACACACCUUCACUACUGCUCGUGAUUGCCUCAGUGUUCUGUUAGGUUCAGAGGCUACAACAACUGACCGCACCUCUUGGACUCUACAACGUGCCUACGUCGAGACAUGGCAGCGCGCCUGGUGUUGCUGAGCUGCAUAGCAGCGCUGGCUACAGCAGGGGAUAGCAAAGGCUCGUACCCCGUUGGUCCGCAACCUCAUAAUUUCCUCGGGGCUGGAGGGUAUGACCCUUUCGGUGCUCAAGUGGCCCCUCUGCAUGCUUACCACGGACCACAAUUUGACCAAGGACCGUACCAGCCAAUUUAUGGGGCCGGUGGUUAUGGCGGUUUAGGAUACGGCGGAGGAUAUGCCGCAGGAUACGGAUACGGUCAACAGCCCCAAAUUCUGUACGUGAAAACAGUAAGAGGCGGCGGUGGAGGAGGCAAAGGAAAAGGAGGACUAGGCGGUGGGAAAGGAGGACUAGGCGGUGGUAAAGGAGGCGGCGGUAAAGGCAAGGGUGGGGAUUACUAUUACGAUGACUACGGUUUGGACUACGGAGGAUACGACUACGGGUACGACUACGAUUAUGGUGGCAAAGGAAAGGGAGGAGGAAAGGGCGGCGGCGGAUUAUUCGGCCGGAUGGAGAAAGGCAUCAAGUCCGUGGGACAAUUUUUCUCCGACUACAUGUCCUACAACUCCUACGACGACUACGGCGGUGACGGCUACGCCAGCGCACCCACCGUAAUCCAAGCUGCUCCAAUUACGGCUCGCCACGCGCUGGGUUACGGCGGCCUUGGAGGAUCUUACGGCGGCGCUUAUGGCGGCCUUGGAGGAUCUUACGGCGGUGCAUAUGCUCUCGCAUCUAGUGGAACUUACGGAGGCGCUUACGGCCUCGGAAGUGGACUCGGCAUCGGUAGCAGUUACGGACUUGGCAGCUACGGUCUUGGAAAGGGUAUCGGUGUCGGCAGCAGUUACGGUCUUGGAAGUGGUCUUGGUGUCGGCAGCAGUUACGGUCUUGGAAGUGGUCUUGGUGUCGGCAGCAGUUACGGUCUUGGAAGUGGUCUCGGAAUCGGCAGCAGUUACGGUCUUGGAAGUGGUCUCGGAAUCGGCAGCAGUUAUGGCCUCGGAGGAUACGGAAGCAACGUGGCGGUAGCUCGGCCCAUCGUGGCAGCAGCGUACGGCAGCGCGCCCUACAGAUUAGCGCGACCUAUCGUGGCCACACAAGCGGCCGCCCCUGUCGCGCCUGUCGCCCCUGUAGCUGCGGCGCCCGUCUCCAAAGGGUACGGCAUUCCUCCGCAGGUUGUUGUGUCCCUGGGCAAUGACUACGACUACGACUACUACGACGAGGGCCUUGGCAGCAAGAUGUCCAAGGGACUCAAGUCAGGCAUGGACACCAUCAAGGGUGGCUUCGAUAAGGCCUUCAAAGGAGUAGCCGGAUACUUCUACGACGAUGAAGCUGCGGGAGUUCAAAACGACCCCAUCGUGGUCGUCCAGAAUCCACUCUACAUGAACAAGGCUAAGGGCUACCAAGUACCUUACGGUCCUGUUCCCGGUUACGGUCUGCCGGGAUCUUUCAGCGGUCUAGCAUCCAGUUACGGUAGUGGUUUCCGCGGUGGCUACGGAUCUUUUGGAGGGGGAUACGGGCUAGGUCACGGUUUGUCUUCAGGUUACGGCCUUGGGUUUGGGGGACUUGGAGGCGGUGGACUUGUCGGUGGCUACGGUGGAGCUGGAUUAGGUGGGCUUGGCGGUGGCUACGGUGGAGCUGGAUUAGGUGGACUUGGUGGUGGCUUUGGAGGACUAGGACUAGGCCUCGGGAGCACUGGUAUUACUUCAGGAUAUGGAGGCGGUAGCAUUGUCGGCUCUGGCAUCAGUUCUGGAAUCGUCAGCAGUGGCAUUGGACAUGGUAAGGGACUUAGCAGCGGGUUCAGUAGUGGCCUCAGUAGUGGCUUCAGCAGCGGUCUAGGCAGUGGUUUCAGUAGUGGUUUCGGCAAGGGUAGUGGUUUCAGCUCUGGUUUCAGCAAAGGCGUCACCGGAGACUUCAGUAAAGGUUUUGAAAGUGGAUUCAGUCAUGGAAAGGGCUCUCUUGGCUCACCUCUAGGAGGUUCUUUCAAAUCUUCUGCCGCUGCCAUCAAAUCUCCGACUAGUUCUUACGGAGUGCCAGCAGUAUCGCACUCCGUAUCGUCUGUCAGUGUUGGUAAGCCGUCCAUCUCUUACGGACCACCGUCCAUUUCGUACGGAACGCCAUCUGUCUCAUACGGCGCCCCAGCGGUCAGCACAAGCGUUGUGCACAGUGGAGGCGACGUGUCCGUUGGACAUGGUGCCGCCCAGACUCACGUUAAAGGAGGUUUCGACAGCUUCACAAAAGGCCAGGACGGAAGCCUUGUUUCAUCUUAUUCAUCUCAUUAAUUGUGGAGUGCAUAUCAGCAUUGUUAAUUCAUUUUCAUAGCUUUUAAUGGCUUAGUCUUAAUAGAAGUUGCACGCCAUUUGAGGUAGGAGGGAGGACUCCAUCUAAAUUGAUUAAUGAAAAAAUAAUUUCUUUUGUUGUAAAUUUAGGUUUAUUUUUCUCCGGCUGUUUGUGCCAUAAAAAAAUUGCUUCAUCAAUGAAUUUCAAGUGGAGUAGAAAGGCUCAUCAAAAAUAAAUAAAUGAUAAUAAUGAGAAUAUUAAAAAAUUCAUUGAUUUUUGAUGAGUUGAUCAUAUAAUUUGCGUAAUCUUAGACCUAGAGAUUGAUUGUUAUUAGAUUUAUAGUGCAAAGCGUUGGAAAAAUAGUCCAUUGAAAAUUUUUCGCCCCUGUAUAUAUAAUAUAUCAGGUACUUUUCUUUCUACUUGAAAAAAAUUUCACUCUAAUCACCAACGUUUUGAUUUGGUUGUUGACAGCUUGCGUGGCGGUGCUAAGAGAGUUUUUACCAGUGGCACAGGUUUCUAGGUUUACGUAUCUAAUAAUGUUAUUUCAUUGAACAGUGCCGUUCAUGAUGUUAAGGUUAUUUCGAUUCGUGAAAUUCCCGUAAAUUUCAAAUCGAUUUAAUAACCGUUAAUAGUCAUUCAUUAUUUUACUUGUAAUCGAUUGCACGAAUUUAUAUUAUUAAUUAUCAUACCUUUUCAAAUCGCACAAACGCUAAAGCUGUACGCAGGUGGACAUUUUUCUGGACGACCCACAGAAGUUGUCGAUUCUUUACGAAAAAAAAUUCUCCGUAUAAGAACAUUUUUAUAUGCUUUUAUUCUCUAUUAAAUCAUUUAACAUAUAAGAAUUCCCAUCAAAAAAAUAAGUCAUGAAAUUACAUAAUAUUACGGUUGUAGUACCUUUUUGCCGCGCACGUAAGGAGAACAAUGACAAAGUUAACCAGUAUCACAAGGAGCAUUAACGAUUAAUUUAUUAAAUAUAACUGAUUUAAAUAGCUCAUGCUAUGCACCACCGGUUGUUCAUGCUGUUAAUUAGUCGUAUGCCGCAUUUUCACGGCAGAUAGGACCGAGCGAAACGGGCUUACUUUUAAUUAAUGUUGAUUUGCUGCACUCAAUUCAAUUCAGCUCCAUUUUUUUUGUUCCAAUGUAAGACAAUAUGAUUUUGAUCCAUUCAAAUUAUCUCAGAUUUUUAUUGACCAACUCUCUGAAGAAUUUAUUUUUGUGUUUUUGUUAAUGAUUAACAUAUUUUAUUGUUUCAUGUUGCGAUCGUCUAAAAGUUUCUGUUUGUUUUGUGGAAGAUUCUUAAGUGUCCUCGUCCUCUGAGUGUAUUAGAAAAGCUGUCAUUCCCGCAGGUUGUUUGUGAAUGUUGUUGUUUGUUAUAAGUUUAUAACUGUCAUGAAAUGUUAAAAGAAGUUUUUAUCU